AUGAAGUUUAUCCUCUUCUGGGUGAUCUUGAAUCUUCCUCGUGCUUUGGCCUAUGACCCAGAUUACAUACAUGACAUCACUCCCCCCUAUUUGGUCUAUUUGAAAUCUGAUUACUUGCCCUGCACUGGAGUCCUGAUCCACCCCCUGUGGGUGAUUACAGCUUCAAGCUGCAACUUACUGAAUCUCAAGGUGGUAUUGGGGGUUACAAACCCAUCAAGCCUCACUGAACAAGAUGUACAAGUGGUUGGCUAUUCGAAGAUGAUUAAUCAUCCGUACUUUUCAAUCACUUCUAUUGAGAAUAACCUAAUGUUGAUCAAGUUGGAAAGAUACAUUGAAGUCAAUGACUACGUGAAACUGGUCAGCUUGCCCAAAGAACCUCCCAGCGAAAACACCAUGUGCAUGGUCUCCACCUGGGCUUACAACACAUGUGACAUCUCCAAGGACCCUGACUCAUUGCAGAAUGUGAACAUCUCUGUUAUCUCCAAGACUAAUUGCCGCAAUGCUUAUAAAAGCUAUGACAUCACAAAAAGUAUGCUGUGCUUGGGCAUUGUGCCAGGAAGAAGGCGGCCCUGCAAGGAAGUCACAGCUGCCCCAGCAGUCUGCAAUGGGAUACUUCAAGGAAUCCUCACUUUUACUGAUGGAUGUGUUUUGAGAGCUGAUGUUGGCAUCUAUACCAGAAUCUUUAACUACAUACCCUGGAUUGAAAAUACAAUCCGAAACAACUGA